UUAGUUUUAUUUUAGAUAUUCCACAAGGAGUUCUAUUUUAGUUUUAGAUCUAAAAAUCUGCCCGAUUAGACCCUCCACUCCACCAUCUCGCCGAAUCUUUUUUUCUCUUUUCUUCCUUUUUCUCUUUUCUUUUCCUCUUUUCUGGUCUCUCUCCAUAGUCUCUACAGUUUACUUCCAUGGCUUCCGUUUUCCUCUCCUCCAUUUUAACACCAAAACACUCCUCUUCUUCGUAUUCAUCUUCUCCUCCACAGGCAGACACGUAAAAAAAAAAGAUAAUAAUAAUAAUAAGAUCAAUAAAUGUGUUACUGAUUAUUGUUGUUUGGAAUCACGGAAAAAAGAGAGAAGAAAAAAAGAAGAAAAAACUCUUGUGAUUCGUCCGUGACAAGUGGCAGAAAUCCAAAGCCACAAAAAAAAAAAAAAAAUCCUCUCUUGGGGUUGCGAAAUUCAAUGCAGUGAAAACAUGAUGUAUGAAAUGAGAGCUGCUUAAUUCAGAUUUUUUAUUUUUGGGUUUUUGGUAUCUGGGUUUUUUUUUUUUUUUAGUUGGGAAGAGAGAAGAUGAUUUCUUCGGGGAUAAAUCUGGUGAUGACAGUGAUAGGAUUCGCAGUGAGCACUUUGUUCAUCGUCUUCGUCUGUACGAGACUCGUCUGUGCGAGGAUUCACCUCAAUGCUUCUAGAAGAUCCUUCCUCAUUGCUUCCAGAUCCGAUCUCAGUAUUCUGGAACGAGGAUUGCAUGGACUUGAGCCUGUAGUUAUAGCCAGCUUUCCGACUAAGAAGUAUAGUGAUGCAUUUUUCUCAUCUUCAGAAGAUGCCCAAUGCACUGCUUGCCUUGAGGAAUACCGUGAUGAUGAUGUGUUGCGGAUCCUUCCCUAUUGUGGGCACUCCUUCCACGUGACAUGCAUAGACAUAUGGCUGCAGCAGCAUUCCACUUGCCCUAUUUGUCGAAUGUCACUGCGGGAAUGUCCUGAUAGAAAACGCUUGAUGCAGCCCUUGUUCAGUUCAGCUAUUCGAUCUCGUUAUGGGCCAGAAUCCCUUGAUUCAAAUUCUUGUCAGUAUAUCUUGACUAAUCACGAACCGAGAAGCCACGCAAACCAGGGGGUAAACUCUGUUGAACAAGAUCAUAUAACAACCAAGAGUGGUGCUGCAGAAGCUGGGGAAAAUGUCUCCUCCAUUGCUGAGGCCAAUUUGAGCCCUAAAGACUUGGAAAACAAGCAUGUAGAAAGCCCAUCAAACCCCUAAAUUCAGAUGAUUUCUUGGCAUCUAAAAAUGCAACAAGGCUUCCAGUUGGUGAAGGAUUCAAAUGGGACAUGGCAACAGAAGUUUGAAUGUGAAUUCCAAUACAACUGUUUCCCAGGAAGCUGUUUGUUGCUCGCUGUACAUAUUUCAAAAGUAAUUUUUCUUUCUUUCUUCCCCUCCUUGAGAGUAAAUUCUUCUUUCCAUUUGACUGUUGCUUGUAUUGGCAGUUUUGUUAGAUCAGUGGUACAACUAGAAUUAGUUCUCGCUUUCUCACAAUUGUGCAAGCCUUCUCUGCCCCUGGUUCUCUUCUAUUUUCUUUAUGCUGGGAGUGGAAAGAUGAGAUAGCAAUAUACAAAUUCAGCUGGCUCGAAAUGUGUUGGU